AUGUCUGACAACGGCGCGGAGAGCCACAAGCGCUCGAAAUCUGCCCUUGCGAAGUCCUUGCUCCAUCGUGACAAGGCUAAACAAGAGAAUACAGAUGGCGAUGUAUCUAGCGUUGCGGGUUCCGAGUCUGGUUCUGGUCCACCAUCUCCAAACCUCGAGCCUACCCCUCACCGUACCUUUGGCGCUUUACGCUCGUCCAAACACAGGAACAAAAGCAGCACUGCCUUGAGCGAGGCAGGGAAUCCGAGUGCAGCCGCAUUAGCAAGAGAUGCAGCAACUCAACCCCAAACAAAAGACGUGAAACCAUCAAUCCAGCAGUCAGUCCGAAUGUUCAAGCUGUUCGAGGUUCUAAGAAGUGGAGACAGCGCAGCUAUCGCUAAAGCCGUGACCGACACGUCGACAAUGCCGCCUAUAACGGAAGAUGGGGAGCAGAUUGCGUCUGUAGACAUUCACCCAGGAACGCUUGAAGGCACCACACUCCUUCAUCUUGCUAUCCAAUGCGCCGACCCUCCGGUCGUAGAGGAGGUUCUUGCGGUGGCGAAGAUGACGCCAGGAGCGGCUGUCGAUGUGAAUGCGCGGGACAAAGAUGGUAAUACUCCUUUGCAUUUAGCUUCCAUGCUUGGGAGGCCGACGACUGUGAGGUUGUUGCUGGACCAGCCAGGAAUCAACGACUCGCUCCCGAAUUACCUUGGCAAAACUGCGCUUGAUCUAGCGAGGUCUCCAGAGAUUUUUCAGCAAUUGCAGCUUUCGAGAUCAUUGUAUGUUGAGAGGAAAAUAAAAGAGAUCCAGACUCUAGUCGCUAAACAAAAGUACGAUCAGCUCGAAAAGGUUCUGGAGGACUCACAUGUAGAAGCUUCCCUAGACGUCAACGGUGGAGAACUUGCGACGAAUCCAGCCACUCUGCAGACGGGAGGAACACUACUUCACGAUGCUGCGCGUGAAAAAGACUUCAAGCUCAUCCAGCUACUCCUACUCCAUGGUGCCGACCCAUUUCGGAGGGAUCGGAAAGGAAAGCUUCCGCAAGAUGUGACCAAAGAUGAGAGAACCAAAGCAAUUUUAAAAAAGUCGCCUGCCGCAGCAGCAGCCCAGAGAGGCAUUCAGGAAAAAGCGGUUCUGGGCAGCGGUAAUCUCCAAGCCGGUGACGAUACUCCAGGCGGGAAGGAGGCAAGAGAAAUGAAGGGAUACUUGAAAAAGUGGACCAACUACACAAGUGGAUGGAAGCUCAGGUGGUUUGUGCUUGAAGACGGUGUCUUGAGUUACUAUAAAUAUCAGGAUGACGCUGGCUCAGCCUGUCGAGGGGCGAUCAACAUGAAAAUUGCCAAGUUGCACAUGGACCCUCAGGAUAAAACCAAAUUCGACAUUGAGGGCAAAUCAUCCGUGAAAUACAAUCUGAAAGCCAACCAUGUAGUGGAGGCGAAGCGGUGGUUUUGGAGCCUCAACAAUGCCAUCCAAUCGUCCAAAGAUGAAGUCAAGAAGCAAGAGCGACACAAGAAGCGAAAAGAGGAGAUGUUGCAUGAAGCUCGCUCUCGAAAACCCGUUGCUCACGCGAGGACAUCCAGCAACUCCGAGGGUACAAGGCUGACCAGCAACAACCUAGCUCCUGCCACAGCCGUUGGUGUGCCUUUGACGGCGACAUCAUCUAGAGUGUCUUUGCAGGAAUCUACUUUCGGCCCGCCAAGCGUUGCCGGCGAUGACAAUGGCUCUAUGUACGACUCGCAGGACCAAAGUGUGGCGGGGGAUACGGCAGAACCGGUUGUAAAGGCACGCACUACCGCUAUAGCCGGCGACGUUGAUGAUGAGGAGGAAUACGGUGAAGAUGCGAGCAGCCAUGAGAUGAGGCCGGCUAGUAAAGAUGCCUUCAAUAUUACCGCUCAUUCUGCCAGUCUUCAACUCAGCCUCCUCUCUCAGGUUUCAGCUGCUUUGCAAACCGAAAGUCAUAAAGAAAAUUCAACCUCAAUCUCCGAUCCAACUAUCCUACAAGCAUUGUCGACGUACGAGUCUGCUGUGGCUAGCUUACAAGGGCUUGUGAAUGAUUUGCUCAAAAUUUCGCGUGAUCGAGAUGCUUACUGGCAAUAUCGAUUGGAUCGCGAAGCUGAUGUCAGGCGGCUAUGGGAGGAUAGCAUGGCAAGAGUUGCGAAAGAGCAAGAGGAGCUCGAAGGCCGGAUCGAGGAGUCGGAAGAAAAGCGGAAGCGUACCAAGAGAGCGCUCAAGGACGCUUUAGAAGGUCAAGAAAGCAGUCGUCCGCAGAGCCGUGAUAUGCCCCAAGACGUGUCUGAAGCAACCGGUGCCCUAAACACAAUCCAAAUCAGUAGACGGUUAAGUGUUCCUGGGAGACGCAAGUCAAUCAGCAACAAAGAUGCGAGCAGGCGCAAGUCUACCAUAGCGGACUUCACUAACUUGUCAGAUUCGGACUCUGAUGAGGAUGAGGAGUUCUUUGAUGCUGUCGAUGCUGGAGAGGUUGAAGUGGUCGACAUUCAACCGGAAUCGCUACGUAGUCCGCCUUUGUACAGCGUAAUGGAUGGAGAGGUUGCGAAGGCAGAGCAAGAUGGUCGAGAUCACAAACGAGAAGAGAUCAAACCCUCUUUUCAUGGAUACGAGGACCCCAUUCGCCAGAAGUUGAAGUUAGACAAUGAUGAUCGACCGAAGAUAUCUCUCUGGGGCAUUUUGAAAUCUAUGAUUGGCAAAGACAUGACCAAGAUGACGUUGCCUGUGUCUUUCAAUGAGCCAACUUCCCUUCUGCAGCGAGUCACGGAGGACCUUGAGUAUACUGAUCUCAUAGAUACCGCUGCUGACCGCAGCGACUCAUCUGAGCGUAUGGUUUAUGUUGCUGCGUACGCUGCAAGCGAAUACGCUUCGACAAUCGGGCGUAUUGCAAAGCCGUUCAACCCUCUACUUGGUGAGACGUACGAAUAUGUUCGCCCCGACAAAGGCUAUCGAUUUCUUGUAGAGCAAGUUAGUCAUCAUCCACCAGUGGGUGCUGCGUGGGCUGAUUCACCUAAAUGGGACUACUACGGCGAAUCGGCACUGAAAUCGAAGUUCUAUGGUAAAUCGUUCGAAAUCAACCUACUUGGAACUUGGUUUCUCAAAGUCCGGCCUACGCCAACGCAAGAAAAUCCCAACCCCAAGGAGGAGCUCUACACUUGGAAGAAGGUCACCUCUUCCGUGGUCGGCAUCAUCACAGGUAACCCAACAGUAGACAAUUACGGUCCGAUGGAGAUUCGCAACCACACUACCGGAGACGUCUGCUAUUUGGACUUCAAACAACGUGGUUGGAAGGCCUCUUCUGCGUAUCAGGUUUCCGGCAAGGUCGUUUGCGGCAAAGAUGGCAAAACUCGCUGGUCUAUCGGAGGACGUUGGAAUGACAAAAUCUACGCUCGUCUUACGCCUGGCUUCGAAGAUUCUGCUCUCAGCCCUCCCGCUACCUCUAGUGGCAUGAAAAGUCCCGACCCGAGCCAAGCAUUCCUUGUGUGGGAAGCCCAUGAGCGUCCUCCAAAAAUUCCAUUCAACCUCACGCCUUUCGUGGUGACCUUCAUGUCACUUCCUGACCGCCUCAGACCGUAUCUGCCGCCAACCGACACACGACUGCGCCCCGAUCAGCGAGCCAUGGAGGAUGGUGAAUAUGACGUGGCUGCUAACGAGAAAACCCGCGUUGAGGAGAAACAGAGAGCAAAAAGAAGAGAACGAGAGACUAACGGUGAAGAACAUAGACCUAGGUGGUUUAAGAAAGCAAAGUGCGAUAUCACUGGGGAGGAAUUUUGGCGAAAUGACGGAGAGUACUGGAAGGUCAGGGAGGAUGUCGGUCAAGGAAAAGGCGAGUGGAGUGGUGUUGAAGAUAUCUUCUAG